UCCAAACACUAUUGGAAUCACCUCUCUCGGGACUCUAACGCCAUGUAUUGUUGUAGGAUUAUUAUCAGCACGGUCCUAUUGGCUCUACAUGUAAUUGCUUGUCCGCCCACUGCGUGGAUUCUUUCUGCCUAUGAUAUUUGUUUCUGGACAACAACAACCAGGAACAGUGUCGCUGAUAGUGACAUGCUGUGCAAAGCGGACAAUGGUCAACUGGCUGUUAUACCUAGCGCAGACAUCAACGCAGAUCUGUUCGCAUUGCAUGGAAACGAUAUCGGAAAUGCAGACAGCACCUAUGGUGCUGGGGCAGGUGUAUGGAUCAGUGUUACCGACAAGGUCUUGGAAGACCAAUUUACAACUUGGGAUGGUGACGCAUUGACGUUCGAAUUCUGGCGCUCAGGCCAACCCAAUGAUGACGUAGACCCUGAAGAACAGGACUGUGUGCGUAUAAGGAAAUCAGACAGUUUCAGGUGGGCAGAUAAAGGAUGUGACAAUCUCCUGAUAGCCCUGUGUUCGGCAAGUAUGACUACGACCAAUGUACCUCCAACAACAACAUCACAACCAACAACUACCACUACACUACCAACAACAAGCACAACAUCCCAAACAACGAUAACCACUACACCAACGACGACCACGGCACCACCAACAACGACCACAGCACCACCAACAACAACCACAGCACCACCAACAACGACCACAGCACCACCAACAACGACCACAGCACCACCAACAACGACCACAGCACCACCAACAACGACAACAACACCGCAACCAACAACCACCCCUGAGGAAUCAACAACAGACAAUUUGAAUGUUUGUAGCUGUCCCGGGGAUAAUGUAUCGAAGAAUUACACAGGGAAUAUGGAUACAAUGCUUGAAAAUAUGAUAAAUACAUUGAUUGUUGAUGCAAAGAAAACAUCAGCUUACAAGCGGACAUUGACGAGCGCAUCCGACCCUCGUCCGUCCGCCAAAGCCAUUGGACUAACCGCAGUCGCCAUGAUGGUUGUUCCAUUCGGACUGGUCAUAAUGCCCGACAUCUUCAUGGCUAUCAGAGUUACGGUUAAUUUAAUCAAACGAUGAACACAGAACAAAUUUCUUUCAUGCUUUGUUUUUUUAAACAAAUAUGUUUAUGUAUAUUUCAGUAAGGUUUUUUUUUCUUUCUAUACAAGCCAAAAUUUCAUUUCAUAUACAUUUGAUAUAUAGAUACAUAUAUAUAUAUACACUGAAUGUUUUGUAUGUAAUUAAAACAGGUUACCUUUGAUAGCAAGUACUGAGUGUAUUAAUGAACAGGCCACGAAUUUGUUUAUGAUGAUAGCUGCUCAAACGUAAACCUGUUCUAAAUGUAAUACAAUCGAUUUUUAAAACAUUAUUUUAACAAUUUAUUCAUAGCCUUCUAAACCCGUUAUCGAUAUUUGAAAUAAGUGUUGUAUUUGUACAAAUAUUAAACGUUCUUGUAUAUAGACAUUGUGUACAAUAGUCACGAACAUUUUACUCGAGGUACUAGUAAUCGACCGAUCGAUUACCACUACUGAGGGUCAAAUAUUCUGGACUAUUGCAGACACCCAUUAUAAACUUGAUAUACUUGCUUUAUUACAUGAUCAUUAAAUCACUUAGAAUCACUUUGCUGUAGGCUUAGACGUCGCCAUGACCGUCGUCUGGCAGUGUUGACAUCUGAGUGAUCUUAUGACUUAGACGCUUGAAAGAGUAGGACUAAAUUUCGAAACGAUAAAGAAGCUCAUUAGUUCGCGCGAGACAAAAUUCCGAAGCAUCACAUGUGUUCAAUAUUUCGCACGUGACCGUGCAAUAGUCAUUUUAGCCUUGUAAUAGUUCAUAAUAUAGGUUAUGCGUAUAGUUAAGGAAAAUCAAACGCAUUAUGUAAUAAAUGUAUAUACAUGUACAUAUAUAUUGCACAUAUAAGCAUAUUCUCCCUCCCUCACACAUACCUUCAAACAAACACACCCUCACACGUAUCCUCACUCAUACUCACCACCAUCAAAACCACCACAAACAAACAAACAACAAACAAUCAAACAAUACAAAUACUCGCCGAGAUAGACGUUACCGAGAUAGUGUAAUAAGAUUUGUCUUCUUUUGUUAAUAUCGUUGUACUAAAAAGAGAUAUUACCUAUCCAGAUAUAGUUUAAGAGAAUGUUUUAUAAUACAGAUUGCUAUAUCAAGAUAUACAACUACAUAGAUUUCUCUAACUAUAAUGACGACACUAAACCUUUUUUUGUGUGUAGGCCUAUAUAAAUAGUUAUUUUUAAGAUUGUUUAUUGCCUACAGGUUAUAUAAUGCGCCUUGAAAAUGCAAGAAAUUGCACCCAAGAUACAGAUGUAAAAAGGGUAUUUGAUACGAAAAAUGGAAAAUAUCAUAAUAGCACCCUGGAAUGAUCACCUGUUAGACAGUUAUUUACAUACAUAGUUAAACGCAGCGUCAUUUAAUCUGUAAGAAUCCAUAAGAAUUAGUUCUUAAACACAAAAGCAAAAUUUGUUAUGUGUAUGGAAGUUCUUUGUUGUACGAUAUUACAUAUAUAUAUAUAUGAUAUAUAUAUAUAUAUGGGGCAAAGAAGUAAUUCAAACAGUGUGAACAAUGAGACUUGUUAAA